UCUCGGGGUCUCGGCCAGUGUCCAAUGCCGUGGUGAUGGCGGGCGCGGACGUGAGCGGCGGCCUGCGGGACGCGCUCAUAGACAACCUUAACAACAUCCUCUCACCACAGGCGGAGGUGCGACGGGCGGCGGAGGAACAAAUACAUGUGUUGGAGGUGACGGAAGAGUUUGGCGUGCACCUGGUUGAGCUGACGCUGGACCGCAGUGGUCCGCUCCCCAUCCGGCAGCUGGCCUCCGUCCUCCUGAAGCAGUAUGUGGAGGCUCACUGGUCCACAGAGUCAGACAAGUUCCGUGUUCCCGUGUGUCCAGACCAUGCCAAGGCCAAGAUCCGGGAGCUCUUGCCGCAUGGCCUUCAUGAACCCAUUAGCAAAGUCCGGUCGUCGGUGGCGUACGCAAUCUCUGCCAUCGCACACUGGGACUGGCCUGACCAAUGGUGCGGCCUCUUUGACCUCCUGAUGGCGGCCCUAAAGACAGGUCAGGAGGCGCCGGUCCACGGGGCAAUGCGCGUCCUGACAGAGUUCUCGCGCGACCUCACUGACCAGCACAUCCCUCAGGUUGCACCCGUCAUCCUGCCAGAGAUGUACAGGAUAUUCUGCGAGGAGGAGAAAUACGGCAUCCGCACUCGUGGCCGCGCCGUCGAGAUCUUCAGCACCCUUGCCAACCUGAUCUGCAUGAUGGGGGAGUACAACCGCAGCCUGGCCAAGACCCUGCUGUACCCCACCCUGCCAGCCUUCACCCAAGCGCUCGUCAAGGGUCUCCAGACUCCUGACGGCUUCACCUCAGACUCGGGGCUCAAAAAGGAGAUACUGAGUGCCCUGACGGUGUUGAUGAAGAACGUGCCUAAGCAGAUGGGGCAGUACUUGGGUGAGGUGCUGGGUCCCGUGUGGCAGACCCUCACCACCAGCGCCGAGACCUACGUUAACACAACCGUCAACGCCAGGGAGGACGCAGAUGACCCGGUGGACUCUGACGGCGAGGUCCUAGGCUUCGAGAAUCUUGUGUUCACCAUCUUCGAGUUCGUUCACGCGUUGGUGGAGACAACAAAGCACAAACAGCUGGUGCGGCGCGGCGUGGCGGACCUCGUAUACUACCUGUUGUUAUACAUGCAGAUGACCGAGGACCAGAUUGAGAACUGGACCAACAACCCGGAUGCCUUUGUUGAGGAUGAGGAUGAGGACAGCUUCGCAUACUCCGUCAGAAUCUCCGCCCAAGACCUGCUGCUGGCGUUGUGUCAGGAGCUGGCCGAGGAGUGUGGUCAGGGGCUGGUGGUGGCGGUGGGCAGACACUUGGAACGUGCAGCAGGUCAGAGGGCGGCCGGUGACCCUGCCUGGUGGAAGACACACGAGGCCGUCAUGCUUGCCCUGGGAUCAGUCCGCGACCUCAUACUGGACCAGGUCGCCAAGGGUCACCUCCAGUUUGACCUGACGAACUUCAUUCAGUCGGUGGUGCUGGCGGACCUUGACCCAAACUUCUCUCCGUUCCUGUCCGGGCGAGCGUUGUGGUGCGGCAGUCGGUUCGGCCAGGCGGUGACGGAGGAGAUGCUUGACCGGUUCCUGCAGGCCACCAUCUCGGCCCUCAACCACUCCCCCAGCCCCAUCAUCAGGGUGUCGGGCGUUAGAGCUGUGUGGGGUUUCUGCGACUACCUCAAGGGGAGCGGACGGCCGGGGGCACUCCAGGCAUACCUCCCUUCCAUCCUCGACGGGCUGGUCAACCUAGCAACCCAGGCGUCGUCCGAAGUCCUCUCGCUCAUCCUGGAAACCUGCUGCACUGUUGUUUCGGUCGACGCCAGUUUUACCGCAGCAAACGUCGGCCGGAUUUCUACCCUGUGCCUGGCGGUGUUUAUCAAGGCAAAUAAUGACCCUGUGUUGGUGGCCCUUGUGCAGGAUGUCGUGAGGGAGUUGUGCGCAAGUCCAGCCUGCUCCACGACCCUACAGACCAAGUUCAUCCCUACUCUAGCAUCGAUUCUCAACGCCUCGACGGACAAGUCCAUGGAUUCAGGGCCGUGGGGCUCCCAGGCGGGCGGGGGAGGCGGAAGCACUCACUCAUCCUCGGACCAAGACUCACACUUAGAAUCAAUAACUUAUGUCCCCCCAGGCAUGCAGGCGGUGGCCCUGGACAUGCUGGAGGUGAUGGUGCGCUCCUCCACGCCCCCGCUGGGUGAGCCACUCCUGGGGGUGGCCUUCCCCGCGGUGCUGCAGAGGACGCUCAACACUGACGACAACUCAACGCUGCAGAACGGAGGGGAGUGUCUGAGGGCAUAUGUCUCGGUUGCCCCGGAACAGGUCAUAGCCUACCGUGACGCUGAGGGUCGGUCCGGCCUUCAGUAUGUGGUCCAGGUGGCCACGCAGCUCCUCUCCCCGGCCACCAGCGAGCACACGGCCACCUUCGUCGGCCGCCUCAUCACAGCACUCAUCAGGCGGGCCGGUGACCACCUUGGGGAUAACCUUGACCUUCUCCUCCGAGCCGUCCUAAGCAAGCUACAGGGAGCGGAGAGCUUGUCAGUGGUGCAGAACCUUGUGUUGGUGUACGCCCAGCUGGUGCACUCACAGCUGGAGGGCGUCCUGAACUUCCUGGCGGGCGUUCCGGGGCCGUCAGGACAGUCGGCGCUACACUUUGUCCUGACGCAGUGGUGCUCCAAACAACACCUCUUCUUUGGGGCGUACGAGGGGAAGGUGAGUGCGGUGGCGCUGGCGAAGCUGCUGGAGUAUGGCGUGACCUCCAAUGACGCCAGGCUGCAGGGGAUCAUUGUGCAGGGAGACCAGGUGUUCUCCCCCGAGGCGCGCGUGAGGACCCGGUCUCAGCGCAUAGCCCGGCCUGAGCAGUGGACCCAAGUGCCGGUCUUGGUCAAGAUCUUCAAGCUGCUCAUCAACGAACUCGCCAACGCCAUAGACUCGAAUAUGACCAAGGAUGAUGAUGAGGAGAGCGAGGAUGAGUGCUGGGAGGACGACGAGGAGGAGGGCCACGCCAACGGGGACGGCAGCCUGGCCUCAAUGUUCGCGCCUUCCGCUGCCUUCCCGGGCUACGAUGCUGACACUGUUGAUGAUGAAGAGGACCCUGAUGCUGCCAGCGACCCCCUAUACAUCCUUGACCUUCAGCAGUACCUCACGACCUUCAUCACGACCUUCGCGCAGCACCCGGCCUUCUCUGCCUUUGUGCCACACCUCAACCCACACGAACAAGAGGUCCUUCAGGGCAUCGGUGUCCAGUGCUGAGAGGGCCAAGACAAGUGCCGAGGGAGGGCCAACUCAAGCAAGUGUUCUGGGGCAUUAGGAAUUGAGGUGGCACUGUUUAUUGAGGGGUAUAAGAAGGCGAAGGUAGCACUGUUUGGGGCCUACAGUGGACAGUGCCAACAGAGAGGUGACUCAAGGUAAUGCCAGUGGUGAAUGUGUGUCUGUUUUGAGGCACUAAGGGUUGAGAUGGCACUGUUUUUAAGGGUGUUGAAGAGAGAAAGGUGUCACUGUUUGGGGCAUAGAUUGAACAGUGCCGAUGGAAGGGUGACUCAAGGUAAUGUCAGUGGUGAAAGUGUCUGUUUUGAGGCACUAAGGGUUGAGAUGGCACUGUUUUUCAAGGGUGUUGGUAACCAGAGUCUGCUACCCUUUGCUUGGUUCACUGGAUGUUUUGGGGGGCUGUCGGGGAAGUGGUGUUGGUUACGAGAGCAUUUGGGAAUGUCGGGAAACGGUCAAGUUGGGGACAUGUCAAGUUGGAGACAUUUCAAGUUGAGGACAUGUCAAGUUGGGGACAUUUCAAGUUGGGGACAUGUCAAGUAUGGGAAAUGAUCAAGUUGAGGACAUGUCAAGUUGGGAAAUUAUCAAGUUGGGGACAUUUCAAGUUGGGAAAUGAUCGAGUUGAGGACAUGUCAAGUUGGGGACAUGUCGAAUUGGGGAGUUUGGGAGUUGUCAAGUUGAAGGGUUGAGGACUUUGGGAGUUGUCAAGUCAAGUGUCGGGUCUGGGAGUGAAGUCGCCUGCAUCGUAAGGCAUUCUGUAUACACUCAAAACUGUGAUGAUAAGGGUUAAAAAUAAGGCUCCAGGAGUACUAUUAAGGUCUGUAUGUCUUACCUGCAGGGACUAGCAAGCUUGAGCCAGGCUGAGGUAGGGAGGGGGGCCAAGGGAGGGAGAGACAGACCCCAUAGGAAUCUUUUAGGCUAAUUUAAAUUUGUUGAGAUUUUGGUGUGUUUGGAAAGGAGGUGAAGGGAAGGGAGGUGUGUGGAGGGGAGGAGGAAGAGGAGAGUUGCCAGGAAGAAUGGGUGGUAGGAGGAGAAGUGGAGGGUUGUCAGAAAGAAGAGGAGGAAGAAGUGGAGGGUUGUGAGGAAGAAAGAGGAUUGUAGGAGGAGGAGGAGGAGGAAGUGGAGGGUUGUGAGGAAGGAAGAGGAUGGUAGGAGGAGAGAAAGAGGAAGUGAAAAUGGAUAAACAAAAUCAAGCAAACAAAUGUAAACAAAAACAAACAUAGAAAUCAGUCAACACACACAGCUCCAUUCACUCACAAGUCUGUUCACCUCCUUUCCUUAAUUUCUAGAACAAGCAUCUAACUUCUAUGCCCUCAGACACAAGCCCUCCCCCUCUUGCGUCAUAGUGUGGCAUGGCUGACACUCCCCACCACCUAAGGCAUUUGUGUAACUUGACGACAAAGAACAAAAGACAUAACUUGGGGCUCUCGGUGACAUGGUAUAUUAAGCUCCACCACACCCACCUCAUGUCCACUGUGCCACUACCUGUUAACUUGAAGGGGAGUGUUACAUUGCUUCACUAACUUUUGUAUGCAUUUAAAGGUUCAAUAUUUGUAUACAUUCAGAAACGUUAAUCAUCAAAGUGUAUGCAUAUAAGAGGAACACUUGUUUGCAGUUAUAGAGACGUUAGUGAGAACUCAAGGUGUAUGUAUUAUUUAAAGGUUCACUAUUUGUUUGCGUUGAGAGAGAGCUCAGUGUAUUAUCAUAUAUUCAAAGGGACAUUCAUGUACAUUGGAAGAGAGAGAGAGAGAGGCGCCAAGAUCCUUCCUUCGUAAUCUUCCGUGUGUCGCGUCUCGGUGAAAUAUAUACGUCCACUUGGCGGCUGAUGGGGAUAUACUUCAUCGUAGGGAGAGGACGAGUUUUCGGUGUUGUCGUAGUGGGGUUUGGUUUUCUACGGGCGAGGUGUUCCGAGGGAGGCGUUGAAGCAUUCUCGUUAUUUUCAAAUGUGUUCCGUCACAGCAUAUUGUUGUGAGAUGAGGUGAGGGAGGGAGGCGAGGGGGGGAGGCGAUAGGUUGUGCUUUUCUGUCCAAGGAGGAGGCAAGACAGAGACGGACAGGGCCGCAUACAGUGUUAUAAUAGCUAGUACAGGAAGGCAGCGAUGAUAACAGCCUGGCGUACCCAUUGUAUCAUUAUCACAGACUGGCGUGCCCAUUCUAUUACCCAUGUAAGCCUGGUGUACUCAUUCUGUCAUCCGUCAUAGGCUAGCGCACCCAUCACAUCAUCCAGGCUGACGUUCGUUGUCGCCCUAAUGUAACGCCUCUUCCUGCGACCGAUAUUAUGCUUCUAAUCAUUACCCCAGAGUGCAGCAUCAGCCUGGGGUGCGGCGUGGCAUAGCACUCUCUUGCAUAAUAUAACACCGUAGGCCUCGACACACACACAAGGAGUGGCUGAGUGAGGUGGUGUCAAUGUCAAGUUAUUAGGCCUAUUCUAUGCCCUAAUGUCUUCAGCUAAAACGGUUAGGCAUGGGGCAUUUUUAAGUAGUAUCAUGUGGCGGUUGUUGACAGUCACUGCUAUGCCUAUAACUUCGCCAUUUUUGUCAGCUAGAAAAGUCUGGCAUGGGGCAUUUUUUGUGGUCAUCCUUUUGGCACUGAUGAAAGACCUGAAAGUGAUAUUCAGGCUUCUGGCACAACUUAUAUAUAUACACUGUGCCAAGGCUGCUGUAGAAGUGAGGGUCAUGUCUGAGAGUGCCAGUGGUCAUUUCGAGUGUGCCCAGGGCUUAACGGGGGCUGGUCAGGCUUGGCAGGGCAGGGCAGGGCAGGUUAACCAGUUCUAACACAGCUAGCUUCGAUAUGUAGGCUACUCGUAUCAAGGAAAACAUUUAUCCUGGGACAGUGAGAGAGAGAGAGAGGAGGAACUAAACUGAGCCGCUGUUAGAGUAGAGAGUGUCAAUAACUCUGUUCGUACAUUGUGAGAAGGUAGAAAAGAAAGAGUGACCAGAAUAGAGAUGAGAAGAAAAAGACGUCUAGAAAAGAGAAUAAAUAAAAAGAAAA